AACAAAAUACAAUUAUUUGAAUUCGCAAUUCACUAAACGUGGUGGUUUCGAUUCAAUUUUCGACUUGUAUCUAUAAUUCUAACAACGAUAUAAAUAAACAUAUUAACCGUUUUGAAUUUGUAUUAUUAUUAAUUUUUACAAUAAUGGUGUGCAGCAUAGGAUUUGAAGGCAGUGCUAAUAAAUUGGGUAUAGGAAUUGUAAAAGACGGUGAAGUCUUGUCUAACUGCAGAAGGACUUAUAUCACACCACCCGGAGAAGGUUUUUUGCCUCGAGAAACAGCCCAACACCAUCAAAAUAAUAUAGUAGCGUUGUUAAAAGAAGCAAUUGAUGAAGCUGGCAUUCGGCCGGAACAAAUCGAUAUUGUGUCUUUUACUAAAGGACCGGGAAUUGGAGCGCCGCUGGUUGGCGUUGCAGCUGUCGCACGUACCAUCGCUCAGCUGUGGAACAAACCUUUAAUCCCUGUUAACCAUUGUAUUGCUCACAUCGAAAUGGGACGUUUAAUAACUGGUAGCGACAAUCCUACUGUAUUGUAUGUUAGUGGCGGCAACACUCAAGUAAUUGCGUAUUCCGGUAAUCGCUACAGGAUUUUUGGCGAAACCAUAGACAUUGCAGUAGGAAAUUGUUUAGAUAGAUUUGCCAGGGUACUUAAAUUAUCCAACGACCCUAGUCCCGGUUACAAUAUCGAGCAGAUGGCUAAAAAAGGAUCGAAGUAUCUUAGUUUACCGUAUGUGGUUAAAGGAAUGGAUGUAUCGUUUUCUGGUAUACUAUCUUAUAUAGAAGAAAGAGCACAACAUCUUUUGUCUUCAGGCGAAUACACUCCUGAAGAUUUAUGUUAUUCACUUCAAGAAACUUUAUUUGCCAUGCUAAUAGAAACAACAGAAAGAGCAAUGUCCCAUUGUAAAUCGAACGAAGUCUUAAUCGUCGGGGGUGUCGGAUGCAAUGAAAGACUACAAGAAAUGAUGAAAAUAAUGUGCGAAGAGAGAAGAGCUACCUUAUAUGCAACAGACGAGAGGUUCUGUAUAGACAAUGGUGUUAUGAUUGCCCAUACCGGAGCUUUAAUGUAUACAAGUGGAUAUAAAACGACUUGGGAAGAUACAUUUUGCACUCAAAGGUUUAGAACAGACGAAGUCGAAGUUACGUGGAGGUCAUGAAGUUAAUACUAUUAUGUUAAUACUUCAAUAGAAUUUUUCAAACUGAUGUACAUCAAAGUAACAUCCAAAACAAUCUUGCUAAAAUGCAAAAUAUCAGUGCAAAAACCGGCCAAAUAAAGUGCAGUUUAGCAUUUAAAUCGUUUUUCUUUUUUAAUACAGUUUGGUCUUGUACAGUAUCGGCUAUCAAACAAUGUUUCUUUGCUGAUCUCACAAUAACUGUAACAAAUUUUCCCAUUAAUUCAGGCCUGUUUGCAAUCAGUACCUAAAAUUUAAAAAAAUUAACAAUUAAAAUCAAACAACAAUGUAAAAUUAUAUAUAUUAUAAAAAAAAGGUAAAUAAAUGUGUUUUU